AUGUCGACAUUACACAAAAAGCUAAAGCAGAAACAAAGAAACAAACUGUCUUCUGGUUUAACAUGUCCAGCCACAGAUUCCACAAUGAAUGCAGCACGGAGGUCAGCCAGGAUAGAUUCAGAAGUGACAGAAUCCCAGAUGGAGCCCUCUAUCAAUGCCACCGAGAUGCCAUCCAAGGAAAACGUCUUUUCAGACAUGAAAGAUAAAUUCAUGAACAAAUUGGGGAAACUGCCAAUACCGCCAUGGGCUUUGGCCACCAUUCUCAUUGUUGCUGGCCUCUUGCUUCUCUGCUGCUGCUUCUGCGUUUUUAAAAAAUGCUGUGGCAAGAAGAAGAAAGGGAAGAAAGGCAAAGACAAAGUCAAGGCACAGAUCAACAUGAAGGAAGUGAAGGAGUUGGGCAAAAGCUACAUUGAUAAGGUACAGCCAGAAGUCGAGGAUUUAGAUCCAUCAUUGUUGCAGGAAUCUGAAGUGGAGAAGCCAGAGGAGAAGCUGGGGAAACUCCAGUACUCUCUUGAUUAUGACUUCCAGAGCACACAGCUGGUUGUGGGUAUUAUACAAGCUGCUGACCUCCCAGCGCUGGACAUUGGGGGUACCUCUGAUCCUUACGUCAAAGUCUUCCUGCUUCCAGAGAAGAAGAAAAAGUUUGAAACCAAAGUCCAUCGCAAAACUCUCAACCCUACAUUUAAUGAAUCUUUCACCUUUAAAGUCCCUUAUUCAGAACUUGGUGGUAAGAUUCUUGUCAUGGCCGUCUAUGAUUUUGACCGUUUCUCCAAGCAUGAUGUCAUUGGUGAGAUCCGUAUCCCUAUGAACACGGUGGACUUGGCGCAUGUGAUCGAGGAAUGGCGAGAUCUGCAGUCAGCAGAGAAGGAGGAGCAUGAGAAAUUGGGAGACAUUUGUUUUUCACUCCGAUAUGUCCCUACAGCUGGGAAACUGACAGUGAUUGUGCUAGAAGCCAAAAAUCUCAAAAAGAUGGAUGUGGGAGGGCUUUCAGAUCCAUAUGUGAAGAUCCAUCUCAUGCAGGGAGGGAAACGUAUCAAGAAGAAGAAAACAACUAUCAAGAAAAAUACACUGAAUCCCUAUUAUAAUGAAUCCUUCAGUUUUGAGGUGCCUUUUGAACAAAUUCAGAAAGUCCAAGUAGUCCUGACUGUGCUGGAUUACGACAAACUAGGCAAGAAUGAGGCGAUUGGGAAGAUCUUUGUAGGCUGUAAUGCCACGGGUACUGAGCUGCGCCAUUGGUCUGAUAUGCUGGCCAAUCCCCGGAGACCUAUUGCUCAGUGGCACACUCUGCAACCUGAAGAUGAAGUGGAUGCAGCAAUUGGGAUAAAGACCUCUUGAUAUCCUUCAUUUCC